AUGGCUCCUCCUCAGACGCGGUCGCAGGCGAACGCCUCGCCCACACCUAAACCUCUGGCAUCGACAUCAGCUGUCGCCGCUGACGGCGACGGUGUCAUGCGUCAGCGCCCGCGUGUUGGCUCGCGCUCUCGUAACGUUGACGAUGUCUACGACGCGAAAUUUGCUGUUGAUCUCGCUGUUGAUGAGAACGUCUUCCUCUUCGUACCCAACCUCAUCGGAUACGCACGCGUCAUCCUCGCCGGAGUGAGCUUGUAUUACAUGCCGGUCCGCCCUUUGCUGUGUACAGUCAUCUACGGCAUCUCCUGUUUGCUGGACGCGGUCGACGGGCAGGCCGCGCGUGCGCUCGGCCAGGCAUCAAAGUUUGGCGCUGUGCUUGACAUGGUCACGGACCGCUGCACGACGGCGUGUCUGCUCUGCUUCCUCGCCAUCAAGUACUCUCAAUUCCCGUCGAUGGUCAUCAUUUUCCAGUUCCUGAUCGCCCUCGACUUUGCCAGCCACUACAUUCACAUCUCGCUCGUUACGGGCUCGUCGUCGCACAAGAAGAUCACACAGGAUGUUUCCAAGAUCCUGUGGCUCUACUACAACAACAAGGUCACCCUUUUUACGUUCUGCUUCUGCAACGAGCUCUUCUUUGUCGCCCUGUACCUUAUGGCCUUUAUCCACACGCCCAUCUCGACUGCGACUGGCUGGCUCACGUGGCCCCAGCUGCUUGCCGCCCUCAACUUCCCCGUCAUGUUUGGAAAGCAGAUCAUCAACUGCGUGCAGUUCUGGAAGGCAUCGAAGAUUCUUGUGGGUAUCGACCUGAUUGAGCGUCAGCAGGCUCGCACUGCGGCGCUGAGAGCCUCCACCGCUCAGGCCGUUGUCGAGUAG